AUGGUUAAGAAGAAAAUUAGAGAGUGGAACAAGGUUUCGUUCAAGAAUAUUUUUGCUAAAAAGAUCAGAGUGGAAUCCGAGUUAGAUAAUCUGAACAAAAUUAUCAUCUCAGCAGGUAUGUCCAAUGAUGAGUUUGUCAGAGAAAAACAACUUAAAAGUGAACUGUGGGAACUUUUGCUCAGAGAGGAAAUUUUGUGGCGGGAUAAAUCAAGGGAGCAUUGGAUCAAAGAAGGAGAUUUGAACACAAAAUUCUUCCAUGCUUCCAUUAAGGUCAAUAGAGCUAACAAUCGGAUUGCCCGUAUCCAAGACAGUUUCAGAGUCUGGCAGGAGGAGGUGAAGGUCAUAGAAUACAUAACAGUUAAUCAUUUCAAAGCUCUCCUAUGGGAUUGCCAUGUAGACCAACUUCCUUCUCCCAUGUUGGAUGUCAUUCCGAGAUUAGUCUCAGAAGAAGAUAACAAACAAUUUAUGCGACCCUUCUCAUUACAGGAAAUUAAGAAGGCCACAUUUGAUAAUCCCCCACUCAAAGCUCCUAGGCCUGAUGGUGUUACAAUGAAAUUCUUCCAAAAAUGCUGGGGAUUCAUGGUUGAAGAUAUUUGCAAGGUGGUGGAAGAGUUCAAGAGGAAAGGUAGGGAAAUUGCAGAUAGCAUCCUGAUGGCGGGGGAGACCAUCCAUUCUAUGCAAUCAGUCAAGAGUCAAGGUAUGAUUAUUAGAUUAGAUGUCAGCAAGGCUACUAAUGGGUUGAGACAAGGUGAUCCCAUGUCUCCCUUUUUAUUUGUUCUAAUGGCAGAAGUAUUGGGGAGAAACAUUAAAAAGCAGCAUCCAUUCCCUCAGUUUAUGGAUCCUAGAGAGCAUACUCCUCAUAUUGAGGAUGUGGAGGAUGAUGCCCCCACAUCGGCACAGGGACAGGCAUAG